GUAUGUCGUAGCCUCUCCCUUCCAGGGAAACCAACAACGCCAGACCAGUCAUGCCUUUCGAAAUACCGGGUCUGAACCCGGCGGCCGUCGCCGAGGUUGCUCGCUAUGCCGUGGAACUGUGGCACGAACACCGAAUCCCCAUCCUUCUCUCGGCCGUUUUCCUAUUGGGUCUACUGAGGACCUACCUCCAUCUCUAUUCGGAACCGAGACAAGCGCUGCUCGUCCUGCCCAAGAUCUACGAACCCAACGAGAAAACGAAGGAAACUACACUUGUUGAGACAGAAGUCGAGGACAAGAAGACCGGCGCGGCGAUUACAAAGAAGGCGAAGUCUGCUAAUGGUGGUCCCAAGAGGAUAAAGGGCGACAAGGUCCGCACGAAGAAAGGAACGAAUGGCAACGACACCGGUAGCGAAAGCGAAGGGCCGCGCAAGAUUCAGGUCCUCGUCUUUUACUCGUCACUCACAGGCAAUACGGAACGGUACACUAAGGAUUUUGCAAAGGAGCUCGGAGACUUGCUCGUUGGUCAAUCGGACGCCGAGAGCAAAGCCGAGAGCAACUUUUUGGCCCCCCAGGUCCUCGACCUUGCCGAGAUCGACUUUGACGAAUAUUUCCUUUCACCUAUGAAAGGUCCCGUGGACUAUUUUUACUGCUUGAUCAUUCCCAGUUACAAUAUUGAUUCCAUCAACGACACCUUCCUUGCGCAUCUGGACGAGACACAUAACGAUUUUCGCAUCGAUACAUCCCCAUUGGCGCCGCUUAUUGGAUACUCAGUGUUUGGGUAUGGCGAUAGAGAUGGAUGGCCUACGGAGGAGGAGGGCUACUGCGUGCAGGCUAAGCAGGUGGACAGGUGGAUGGCCAAGCUUACAGGGCGUAAGCGCGCAUUCCCACUCGGCAUGGGCGACUACAAGCGAGAUGGUAAGGAGAGACUGUCUGAAUGGCAAAACGGAAUCGUGGACGUUCUCAAGAUGAUCGAGCAGACUGGAAGUCUUGGAGAGGGCGUUCCCGGUUCUGGCGACCCCUUCGAAAGCGACGAAGAAGAUAUCGCGGAGGAUGACGGUGAGGUUGUGUACGAGGAGUCCGAGUCCAAGAAGACCCUCGAAGAUGUCGAGGAUUUGGGACGCAUCAUGAAACAAUCACAGGGAGAUGGUCCAGCCGCGCCGAUUGCGAUUGACUUUACCGACUUCGGAAAGACCGGAAAGACUGUUCGCGCAAGGAAGUCAGCAACUGUUACCGUUAAGGAGAUGGUCCCGAAAGACUCACCAACAUAUACAUCCUUGACCAAGCAAGGGUAUAGUAUUGUCGGCUCUCACAGCGGGGUGAAGAUCUGCCGUUGGACCAAGUCAGCGCUCCGCUCGAGGGGCUCAUGUUAUAAAUAUUCUUUCUACGGAAUCGCGAGCCACAGGUGCGCAGAGGCCACGCCCUCGCUCUCCUGCUCCAACAAGUGCGUCUUCUGCUGGCGUCAUGGCACCAACCCAGUCGGCACCUCCUGGCGCUGGGUCGUCGACCCUCCAGACCUCAUAUUCAACGGCAUCAAGGAGAAUCACUACAAGAAAAUCAAGAUGAUGCGUGGCGUCCCGGGAGUUUCGAGCAGCCGUUUCGUGGAAGCAAUGCGCAUCCGGCACUGCGCCCUUUCGCUGGUCGGCGAGCCCAUCUUUUACCCGUACAUCAACGAAUUCCUGGGCAUGCUGCACAAGGAGCGCAUCUCCUCCUUUCUUGUCUGCAAUGCCCAGCACCCGGACCAGCUCGCCGCUUUGCAGCACGUCACGCAGCUGUAUGUCAGCAUUGAUGCCUCCAACAAGAACUCGCUCCGUCGUAUCGAUCGGCCGCUUCAUCGUGACUUUUGGGAGCGCUUCCAGCGCUGCCUCGACAUCCUGCGCGAGCGCCGGUUCCGUCAGCGUACCGUCUUCCGCCUGACGCUGGUCAAGGACUUCAACAUCGAGGACGAGAUCGAGGGGUACGCGGACCUGGUCGAACGGGCCCUUCCUUGCUUUAUAGAGCUAAAAGGCGUGACUUAUUGCGGUACCUCCACUGCCGGCGCUGCCGGGCUCACAAUGGCCAACGUCCCCUUUUACCAGGAGGUGUGCGACUUUGUAGUUAAGCUGAACGACGCGCUGAACAAGCGCGGGUUGGGGUACGGGAUAGCGGCCGAACACGCGCACAGUUGCUGUGUUUUGCUGGCUAGCGACCGGUUCAAGGUUGACGGAAAGUACCAUACUCUUAUUGAUUACGAGAAAUUCUUCGAUCUCUUGGAGGAAAAGGGCCCAGAUGGCGAUUUUGGCCCAGAGGACUACAUGGGCGCUGCGACGCCCGAGUGGGCGACCUGGGGCAAUGGCGGGUUUGAUCCCAGAGAUCAGAGGGUGGAUAGGAAGGGUCGACCGAUUGAGAGACCAUAGAGAUGGGGAUGAGCAUGGUAAGCAAAAUUGUACAAGUAUUCAGGGGUAAAUAACGUACAUACCCAACUCAUGAUGUAAAUCUUGCUGAUUUGGAUUUUGAUCCACACUCCAACUCUGGUCUGAUUGUCAGCUUGAUACUGGGUAGGAGGUAUUCCUGAUAGCGUACAAAUACCGUAUAGUCCCAAAGCUCACGUGGACAAAU